AUGGCUGGCUCUGAGUACCCCAAACUCUCACGCAACACCAUCAAUCGUUACAAAGGACGUGGUAAAUACGAUUACGAAACUGUCAACUCCAUAGUCAAUAGCGUACCUGUCCUUCAUGUCAGCUUCCCCACCCCAGAGGAAGCGGAUCCCUUCCCGGCUAUGAUACCUAUGCUUGGCUUCAUGGCCUCGUUCUCCAACCCAUCUGCCUCUCUAUCAGAGUCACUAGAUCUCUACCUCCAUGGUUACAUCUCGUCUCGACUCAUGCGUCUUGGCAAUAGCUCUCCAACCGGGGAAGAAGGUCUGCCACUAACCGUAGCAGCCACGCAUCUUGACGGCCUAGUUCUGGCCCUGACGCCCAACCAUCACAGUUACAACUAUCGCUCCGCAAUCCUGCACGGCUUCGCCACACCGGUUACUGACGCGGAGGAAAAGAUCUGGGCAAUGGAGAAAAUUACAAAUAGCGUAGUCGACGAUCGUUGGGCCAACACACGCGUGCCUCCCACCAAGACAGAAAUGACAAGCACACAGAUUCUAAAAGUCAGAAUCAUCGAUGCGUCCGCCAAAGUCAGAGCCGGGCCUCCUGGAGAUGACAGGGCCGAUUUGAAGAACGAUGAACUGAGGGCCAAGACUUGGAUCGGUGUCAUCCCAACCUGGACUACCUUUGGGCAGCCAGUACCGAGCCCGGAAAAUCGGGUCGCGAAGGUCCCUGAACAUAUUGUUAGUUUUCUCAAAAGGGAAAACGAAGAAGGCCAGAAAAAUGCAGUCCUUGCUGUCAAGGGGGAGCCUUCGAGCAAGGAGUAA